AUGAUCACAUCAAUCUCAAUUUUCCACAAAAGUAUCUCGAUUAUUUUGUAUUUCGCUAAUUUUUGGGAUGUUGCGGGAGGAAUCGGAAGAUUUUAUAUACUUUUGGUGCAAUUACGAUUUCUGGAUGUCUCCUCGAAUAUUUUAUUUUUUGCAAGUAUUGUUCGACUCGAAUUUUACGCCAAUGUUAUUGUUUGUAUUCCAGUUGUGGUUAUUGAAAGGUAAGAUUUUUUUGAAAUGAAAAUUUUAAGAUUUCUGUUCAAUUUCCAGAAUCUUUGCCACAUACUUCGUCUCAGAUUACGAAAAAAAUCAACGUCUUUGGAUGUCUCUAAUCUAUCUUCCUCUAAUUUUUCUCAUUUCUCAAUUCCUAGUUAUUCCUUGUAUUUUCUAUCGACCUCCCUUAUUUUGGCCAAUUCUUGCUUUUGCAAUUAUAACUAUCGGAUCUUUUAUUGCUCUCAAUUUUUUGUAUUCGAUAAAUUUGGCCAAGUUAGAACAUCUCAAAAAGAAUCAAUUAUUUUACACGUUGAGUAGGAAAUAUCAAAUUGAGGAGAAUUUGAAGGUUAUGUGGGUGAGGAAAAAAAAACGAAUUUGAAAACUACCAAAUAUGCGCCAGGGAUUUAAUGCUGGCGUGUUUUUUGUAGAACGGAAAACUGUGCAUUUUUUGUUACUAAAUUUGCGUCAAUGAUUUUUGCUGGCACAUUUCUGGAAGCCUCAAAAUCACUGAAGUUCCAGGAUUUUGAAAAAUGCGUCAGCGAAACUUAACUGACGUCUUUUGGGUAGACCCAAAUUACACGGUUUUAGAGACUACAAAAUUUGCGUCAGCUCCAAAAUGAUGAUUUUUGAGGGUACAAAAUGAACGCCAGACAACUUAUGCUGGCGCGAAUUUUGUAGCUAAUUAUCAGUUUUUACGAUUUUUUGCUGACGUAUUUUCGGUAGCCUAGAAUUCUCCAAAACGAAAACUGCGUCAACAACUCUUUGCUGACACAUAUUUUGUAGUUCAAACUUCAAAAUUUACAGUACCUGCGCGGGAUGGGUUUCCAAUUCAUCGGCCUCAAUUCAAUAUUGAUUUUUGUCAUCAUUUUUCCAUGGUCCACAGUUUUUUCAACCGAAUACUCAUUUUUCGAUAUAAUGUGGCUUCUAGAUCCUGCGAUUGCUGUGUAAGUUCGGAAAAUUUCAGGCUGAAAAUCACCAAAAUUUCCAGUGCAUUCAUCUUCUUUCCAAUCGGCAAAUUCGUCGCGCUCCACAAAUUAAAAAACCCCGCCUUUUUGCGAAAAUGCUUUCUGACUCGAAAAAUCCAACCAAUUCGACGGAAACCCGAAAAAGUGCCAGAUCAUGAAUCCAAUAUUUAUUUUCAACAGUUACAAAAUUCAUGGAAAUAG